AUGAUAAUGACGACAACAUAAUAGAAUACUCAGCAGCAUUCAAUUUUGGUAGGAUAGAGCAUCUGGAGAGCAUAUUGUACGAUCUAGGGGAAAAAUAUCAGGGAAAAGUUUAUCAAGUAUAUUCAAACCAACUACCACCAUCCUCACCCCAAAAUAGCUCCACAAGGAGAACAUCAAAGUCAAUAGCCAAUGCACACUUUCUUCUAAUCAACUCUCGCCCACCACAAAAAUGGACGAAGAUGAUUAUAUCGAAGUCGAAUCACCACUCGAACAUCCAGUCGACGCCGAAGAUGAUGAGAUUGACGAAAUAAUCCUUCAGCCAGGUCAAGUGGCACCUGAAGAGAAGAAUGUUGCUUCUUCGGGGGAGAAGAACAGUCCAAAGGUGAAACAGAAUGUGGACCCCAGAGAGAAUAUCGGGAUGGAUAAGCCAAUCUAUUACCCUGCAAAACCAAAGGAACGCUCAUCAUUGCUGCAAUAUCCUCAAAGCUUGCCGUAUGAAUGCGAAUCGCUGGAAGAAUUUGAUGCUCGGUUAAAGCAUAUCUACGAACGAAUCAUCGCAACGAUCGAGACAAGAGAUUUUGAGGUCGGAUUUCCGAUUUGGAACCAUCAUCUUCAAAUCUUGCUUUCGCUCAAAUACCCAAUCGAAUUACCUACUUUAGCCCGUCUUGCAAGAGUGUAUUACCAUUUAACUGUUUUACCCGGAGUACCCACAACAGUCCACCAAGCAGCAAAUACAUGCAUGACUCUUUUGGGAGGACGAAAAAAGAUGUCAAUAGCACACCUUGUGCUACCAUGGCGACCUCUGUACAAUAUGCUCAAAAGGGAAUUGUUUGUGAAAGAACGCAAGACGAAUCAGACAAAUAUUUCAAACGUUUUGUUGGAUUUAGCAAUGUCUGCUCAACGAUUCUUUGAUCCGGAAGAAGCUGACGAAAUGUUGAAGGAAAUGUUGCCAAGCAUGGAUGGCUCGGAUAUCGAUUCAAUGAUCGCUACGCUUUCCUUGCUCGUUCACUUUUUGCCCAUCAGUCAUCCGCAAAGAUGGCUGCCGACGCUUUUCCGAUUAUGGGAAUCGUUCUCCUCCUCAUUGUUUGAUGAGCAAAUGCUGGAUCUUUGUGCUCGGCUGGCGGAGCAGCACGUUGAAGAUCCACGUAUCUCGUCCAAGAAAGCAUUGGAAGAAGUCGGAAUAUUUGCAGACAUAAAAGCUGAGUCCCUCAAAAGUCAGUCUGAUCUUCCCAACCAUUCCGAAGAGAAGUCUUCCCCAAUCAUGACGUCAGAGCAGGGCUUGUGGAACGAAGUGGGAAUAUUUACAGAAUAUCAAUCCAGCUUUAUCAUGACCAAAUGUUUACGUUCGGCCGGUCUGCCAGUGGGAUCGAGCAAAGUGGGAAAUGCAGCAUUGAUGGCACAAUCAUCGACUGUACGCACAGGUGCCGAUUCUGCUGCAUCAGCAGGAGUACUGAAUAUGAAGCGACCUUCUGAGCCUUCUCAUUCGUUCGCCAUUAUUAUCGUCUAUUCAAUGAUGCGCGAUUCUCAAAGUCCAAUUUCAUCUGGUUCAGCAACGCCAUCGGAAAAUGGUGUUCCCUCUAAACCAACGGAUGAGAAGCGAGGAACCCAUCUAGCAGGCUCAAAAGCUCUCAGUUCCUUGGCACGAUAUAUUCAAGCUACAGAGAGCUAUUUUCAUCCUUCGAAUUGGGGAAUAUGGGCUUUGCAACUUUCAUCUCUUGUAAAGAACCUAACGUGGGAAUUUACAAAAAGGUGGAAAGAGGAACAGAAAUCCGAGUGUAAGACACCGAAGGCAUUCCGUCUUACAAAAGAGAUAAAGAAAGAAUUUACAGCAACGCUACGUACAGUUUGCUUGUUGUCACUAUUCUCAAAAGAUCCUGCAACUAUCAAUUCAGCGCAAGCCUCACUCAAGAGACUGGCCACUUUGGAACCGGAACAAAUCAUUCCUCCAGUCUUGGAGCGUGCAUAUUCCAGUUUGGAAGCUCUCGAAACUACUCAUAGAACAAUGUCAGUGAUUACUGCUCUGUCCAAACUUGGUGUUCCUCUUGUGUCACGAGAUAUCUUUAAAGGAGGAGGUAAACAUCUGGUUCCCAUUUUGCAUCUCUGUUUACCAGGUAUUGACAUGAACGAUUACAUGAAGACGAUCGCGACUUCCAUUCUGAUCGUCAUCACGUCGACCAUUAUAAAAAUUGAUGAUUUGACCCGCCCAGAGCUUGCAUCUCCCUCAAAAAUGGCCAUUGACGAUUAUGGAGGUGGUGGCGGUGGGGCAACGGAAGAAGAAUUCGACGAGGAGGACGAUGCUUUGCGUCUGAGUACAGCAGGAUUCGAAGACUGGACGGUAAGCUUCUUCAAUAGGGUUCUAGUUCUGUUUGACGCACUACCUGAGGAGGGGAAGAAUGGACGUACAGGACGUAUUGAAGAACAGAUGACGAGCACAUUAUUGGCAGCAUGCGAUUCAGUCUGUUGCUCAAUGUCCGAUCAUCUCUUUGAUAUCAAUUUCAAAAUCGUUGCAGAUCAUGUCAUGACACAUGUCUGUUCGCAAGCGACUCGAGUGACUGGAUCCUUGAUAUCGUGCUUUGCCCGUCACGAUUCGAAAAAGGUGACUGAGCGCUUGAUCAGACCUUGUGCAAAGAUUAUUCGUCAAGAAAUCGAGCAAGGCGCAAGCUCGAUUCGCACAACAAAGACGACUCAGGCUGUUGCGGGUGAUGUCAAAUUGCAUUGGUACAUUUCACUACUGAUGGGAUCGUUGACUUUUUCGAGUGGCGAGAUCUUCGAGUACAAGGAUGAAUUGAUGGAUCUGAUGCUACUUUUAUGUGAUCAAGCCAAAUCUGAACGUGGAUAUCUUUACGCCGCCAUGUUGGUCCAACGCGUUCUAAACCUUCUUGUUAACACAUACCCGAACGAUCAUCGAUUCGUCAAUCCGGAAGAAUGGGAUAGCGAAGAUAUGCAGGCAAACAGCUUCAAGUCAUGGGGUAAGAUGUACGCUUUCAAAGAUGUCAAAAUUCAAUGGCACGUUCCGAAUGAUGCAGAGAUUGCUUUGGCGUUGGAAAUACUCGAUCGUGUUGUUCAUCCUCGAUUGAGUGCUCUAGAGAAGCUGCAAGACCAUAGAGGUGCUCGUGACAAAGUGUGGACCAACGAUUUUUGCCGAAAUAUGACAAUCGUACGAUUGUCUUUCUCUGCGGUCAAUACUAUGAUCCUGGAAAAGGAAGCUGGAGGUGGGCAAUUUAUUGAAAGCAUUGUGGAAGGGUACGAGGAUUUCACGCGUACUCCCGAUCGUUUCAAGUCGGGGUUUUUGCUAACAGAUUUUGAUGACGAAAGGUAUCAAAAGGUGAAAACGUUCAAAGUUCGUUUUGGAGAAUUGUUGCAUCUUUCUGCUGAGCGAGCUCACGAUUCAGGUGCAGAAGAUCAGAUUGAUUGCGUUCGAUUGAUGUUACGUUCCAUUCGCUCAUACAUGACGUCAUACGGCUAUAAUGCUGAUGAUCACAAAGCAUAUGGAAGAUCUGCACUCUUCUACCAGAACAUGACAUCAACGCAUCCUCGCCAAAAGAUCUUUCCGCGAAUGUUUUGGGUCAGACGUGCUGCUCAAUAUCACUCUAGCCGUGGAAGACUCAACAGCUUCUACCGUAGAAGAAGUGCUCUGGAUGAUUUGUUGAUCAAUGAUGUGAUCGAGCUUACCAUGAGUAAUUAUGUUGCCAUUCGUAAAACUGCUCAAAGUACAUUUGAUGCAUUGACACUCUACAACCAGAUGGGCGUGUUUACCUUACGCAAAUUAUUGACCGCCAUCCAAACCUCAACUAAUGACGAUCAAGUCAAAGGGGCGCUUUAUAUGGUCGGAAGCAAGUUCAUGGGAAUCACACCACGUCAUCCCGCUUUUACAGAAGAAUACUUUAUGACCUUGUUAGAAGCUCAGCAUCGCAGCAAGCCUUCAAUACAAAAACUUCUUCGCGGCAUUAUCAAUGAAGCUCAAGCUCGCUAUCCAGAGAUAUCGACGAUUGUGCAUCGUAUCAAGACACCGGAAUUGGAGCAGGCAUUGGUAUUGCUUGGAAGGAAUGAUGGGUCUGUCGAUUUGAUCACCGCGCCAUCGCAACAAAGGUUGUACUUUGAUGAGCUGUACAAGAAGUUGUCUGGAUCAAUUGUGGACAAAUUGUUGGAAUAUGCACAGCAGCCAAAGACACAUUGGAACUUUGAGAUAUUCGCUCUCCGAUUACUCAAAACAUUUAUCAGAAAGGAUCAACCUUUACGUGCAGAUGUUGCAACAUACUUGACAAGACAAAUGAUUAAUGAGAAUCCGACGAUUCGUAGAGCAUCACAAGUGGCUGUCACAAAGAUGCUCUAUUACGCGAAAUUACAAACAUUAUGCAAAUCGGAUGAAGAAUUGGUUUUGGGCUCUUGCAAGCCAGAAAACCAUCCUCUCAAGCGUGUGGAGCCGAUUGCUCAAGUGACCGCUGAAUGGAAAGCACAAAGGCUGGCAUCCUAUCGAUCCGAUGAACCCAUCACUUCAUCUACCAAAUUCCACGACAAAGAGGCGCAAGGAUGGCUUGUGUGGUCAAAGAAGGACACAUACUACCUUGCUCCUCCCGAGUCAGGAACAGUGUUUGAUUGGGUCAACAAGCCAGUAUUGGAAGCAAUACGCAAAGAACUCUCACCAGAACAUUGGAAGCAGAUGUUCAAGCAUUACGCACAAGAGAAGGAACGAGAUCAACUUUCGCGCGAGACAACCGUUCUUAUUCGAUCGAUUUUCCAGGUCUUCGGAUUGCAACAAUUAGAUCUUGUAAAAGAUCAAGUGGUCGAAUUCGUUGGGGAACGGGAUCGUCACAAACACCGUGCGGCUGCGGAAGUUGUUGCUGGUAUGUUCCGUGGCUCUAAGCACUGGAACAGAGAAGAUGCAAGGGUGAUGUGGUCUUGGUUGGAUACUUUGUUGCCAAAGAUUUUGGCGGAAUGUACGCCAGACAGUCAGGUUGCAUGGCAGGACAGUGUUGACUAUAUAUUACAACAAAGAGAUCCUCGUAGAGCCAUGUCUUUGGUCAACAUCGUUGUCAAGAAGGCGCACGACAGUCUGACAACGGAGGAUGAAAGCCCAUGGGAGCAAGUGCAGGCACAAACAUUCUUGCGUGGAGUGAUCUUAUCGCUUAACAUGAAGAUGUAUCCAUGGAUGAACGAAUUGCAUGCUUUAUUCCGAUCAAACUGUGAAACAGAAUUCAAUGAAGUGCGGGAAUUGAUUGCUUGCAACAUGACCGACCUAGAACUACUACGGGUUGCACCGUCAUUUGGCAGUGUUGAGCAGCUUGUGGAAACUAUGUACCAGCAAACGCAUAUAGACAAAACUCAUGGAUCGCUCUUUGCGCCGGAGACGCUGGUGCAGGAAUACUCUGCUCGUUUGUCAAAAUUGGAUAAUCUUUUGACCGAGCUCAAGAAGGAACGAGUUCCAAAGUCGCAGGGAACAUCACGAUACGAUCUCUUGGCAUUGACUACGCUCUGUUGGAUUGCCGAAACGCUUGGUGAUCAUAGACGAACAGCGAUGACGACUUGUGUGAUUGACUUUAUCCCAACAAUAUUCCAAUGCUGCAAUUUGCAAGACAAUGCUGAUUUGAGCGGAAGAGCAAGAUCCGUUUUGAUUGCAACUGUGUCAACGAUGGCGCAUUAUGAUAUCGAGCUAGUCAAGAAAUUGAUUAGAAAGGUUUUGCAGGUGAUCGAAGAGAGUAACGAAAGUUGGAGAGCAAGGUUAGAUGCACUGCCCGUUUUGCAAAUUUUGUUCUGGCAAAAUAUCUUUAAUAUGGACGAAGAGAUCUUUGGCGACAUCACUCGAACGCUGUUGAAUUUGCUUACAGACCCUCAUCUAGAAGUACGCAAUCUGGCAAGCACAACAUUGAGCGGUAUAAUUCGUUGCUCGCAACGUGAAUUGAUUCAAUCGCUUCGGAAACGGUUUAGGGAUCAAGUGAUCAAAUAUGAUCGUUUGCCAAAACGUGGUGCUGAAGGUUUCCAAGAAACAAUGACUGGUUUGCAUGCUGGUAUUUUGGGAUGCAUUGCUUUGAUCAGUGCAUUCCCAUAUUCUGUUCCUGCUUGGAUGCCUGGCUUGAUUUGUGAUACGGUGGCAAGACAUCAAGAUGCUCCUGAUCCUGUUGGUCCUGCAUGUAAAAAGAUGGCAGCAGAUUUCAAACGAACACAUCAAGAUACGUGGGAGGAAGAUAAAGUUGCUUUCUCGUCAGAACAAUUGGCAGAAUAUUACGAAUGGGGUGGACGAACAGAUUAUUACGCAUAGAACAAUAUCAUCAGCUCAAGUGUACAUUACGCAGCUCAUUAUCAUCUGUAGACUUUCUUGCAAUUUUUUCUAAUUGACAUUUGAAUGAAAUGUGUAAAAUACAAAUGAUAUAGUCGUGAUAUACGUGUGCGCAAGAUCACCGCAAAGCAACGGU